ACCCCCAACAUGGAUGCUGAAAAGAACGAAACCCUUCACCAUGAGGGCAAUCACUUCGCCUCCACCUCUCCACCACACGAGCCCAACAUGUCGGUAGGUAGCUAUCUCGCAACCCGCUUCUCCACCCUGAAGCCGCCCAUGGACAAGGUAUCCAAUCCCAUCCGACUUCUUCGCCUUCUCAACUUUCAGCAAUGGAUGUUCUUCCUGGUCGCCUUCUGCGCCUGGACAUGGGAUGCCUUUGACUUCUUCACCGUAUCUCUCACCGUCGGUCCACUGGCCAAAACAUUUGGCAAGACAAACACCGACAUCACCUGGGGCAUCACCCUCGUCCUCAUGCUGAGGUCAGUCGGCAGCAUCAUCUUUGGACUUGCUGCUGAUAAGUGGGGUCGCAAGUGGCCCUUCAUCAUCAACAAUGUCCUCUUCAUCAUCCUCGAAUUGGGCACAGGCUUCACCCAGACGUAUAAUCAGUUCUUGGCCGUUAGAGCCCUCUUCGGAAUUGCCAUGGGCGGUCUGUAUGGCAAUGCAGCCGCGACAGCCCUCGAGGACUGUCCCGAAGAAGCUCGUGGCCUCAUGAGUGGAAUCUUGCAACAAGGAUACGCCUUCGGAUACCUCCUCGCCACUGUCUUCGCGCGAGCAUUCGUAAACACUGUUGGUCACGAAUGGCGACCCUUCUUCUGGUUCGGAGCCGGCCCUCCCGUCCUCAUCAUCCUCUUCCGCCUCUGCCUCCCUGAAACCCAAGCCUUCCAGGAGCGCCAACGCCUUCGCGAAGCAACCCCCAACAGCGCCAAAAUCUUCAUCCAAGAAGGCAAAGUGGCCCUCCGCCGCCACUGGCUUCUCCUCAUCUACCUCGUCCUCCUCAUGGCGGGCUUCAACUUCAUGUCGCACGGCUCGCAAGAUCUCUACCCCACCAUGCUAACCAACCAAUACAACUUCUCCGCCGACGCAGUCACCGUGACCCAAGUCGUCGCGAAUCUAGGCGCCAUCGCGGGCGGCACCACCAUCGGCUACUGCUCCUCCAUCUUCGGCCGCCGCUUCUCCAUCAUCUUCAUCUCCGUCAUCGGCGGCGCCCUCCUCUACCCCUACACCUUCGUCUCCAACGAACGCAUCAUGGCCGCCGCAUUCUUCGAGCAGUUCUGCGUCCAGGGCGCCUGGGGCGUCAUCCCCAUCCACCUCAUGGAGCUCUCCCCGGGCUCCUUCCGCACCUUCGUCGUCGGCACCUCGUAUCAGCUCGGCAACCUCGUUUCCUCGGCCUCCAGCACCAUCGAGAGCACCAUUGGUGAGCGCUUCCCGCUGCCUAGCAAAGGCUCCACCAAGCGGUAUCAGUAUGGUCUCGUGAUUUGCAUCUUCAUGGGCUGCGUUUACGCCUAUGUUAUUCUUCUUACGUUUUUGGGGCCCGAGAUGAGGGGCAGAGAUCUUUCGGCUCGUGCCGACAUGGAUUUGAAGGAGGCUACUGGCAAGGCUGGGACGGACCAGGGGAAGGACAAGUUGAAUGAUGAUGAUGAUGGCAAGGACAAGUUCAAUAACGGCAAGGAGAUUGUCUAG